AAUUGAAGUUUUUUUUAAAAAUGAUUCUGAUAAUUUUACUGAAAUAACAAAGUUAAAAAAAUGGUGUCCAAAGGAAAUUUAGGAUUUGUUGGGUUUCUCUGUAGGAAUUUCACAAGAUCUUCACCUUGCUUGAGAUGAAGCAGAGUUUUGUAUUUGCUCCAUAGAAAUAAAAUUAAAUUUAAUCUUUAUGAAGUAGAAAAACAGCUGAGAAAUAUUGCUUGAUACAUCAGAUUUAACAAUCUGAUAUGUAGCCUGAUUUAUCCGCACAGUGGUGAUUUUCUCUGUGAAACUUAGGCUGUUAGUUCUUUUGAUAGUUGGUGCUAAAAAAUAAGUUACCAUUCAAAAGUUUGGGGUCACCCAGGCAAUUUCAUGUUUUCCAUGAAAACUCACACUUUCAUUUAUAUGCUAGUAUAAUUACACAAGGGUUUUCUAAUCAUCAAUUAGCCUUUCAACACCAUUAGCUAACACAAUGUAGCAUUAGAACACAGGAGUGAUGGUUGCUGGAAAUGUUCCUCUGUACCCCUAUGGAGAUAUUCCAUUAGAAAUCAGCUGUUUCCAGCUAGAAUAGUCAUUUACCACAUUAACAAUGUCUAGACUGUAUAUAUGAUUAUUUGAAUGCUAUCUUCAUUGGAAAAAACUAUUUUUCUUUCAAAAAUAAGGACAUUAAGUGACCCGAGGUGAGGUAGUGUACCUCAGUUUUUAUGCUCUUCAUGAAUGCUGUGUUUUAAAGCUUUUUAAAGCUGCUGUAUUUGUAGUUUCACCAAAGAGAAAGAUCUGAAUACUUUUUCCACCUCCACUUUUCCUCAGUUUCCACGUUUUUUCCUGCUGGUCCCUUCUAUUUGUCCUCUCAGCUUCACAGCCUCUUUACUCACUGAAAGUUAAAUGUGGAUUUCUAAAACUGAGGAGCACGGAGGAGAAAAUAAAAAUACAACUGUGAGUAGGAUACACUGAUGUCCUGUGGCAGUGAGGCAAAUUUGAGGGCUGGGCUGACGAAACCAGACAACACCCCGUGUCUUACCUUAUAAAUAUCGAGAGAGGCCAAACUCUGACUGCGUGUAAAGCAGAAAACUUCAGAGGCUCGCUGAUCCAAUCUCUUGUUUAGUGGUUUCUAGUGCUCGUUAUUUGACUUCAGCAUCAAAUGGAGACACAAGCCAACUCCCUACAGCAGGUAGGUUUCGCUGCAGCUUCUUUGGAGCGUCCACUAUUAAUUGAUUUAGUCGAUUUUAUUUCUGUUUUUUUAAUCUUGUUAUUCCGUGCGUAAAAUAUGGCAAUGUUAAGAAGACUUUAAGUUUCUGCAUGUGUGUUUAACCUCAUCUUGGGCUCUUAUUAUGACAAUAUUCAGGAAAUGGCAUUAUUUUCAUUAAAAGACCAGAAAAAAAAGCAAGAACAGAAUAAAUUCCCUCUAUGAUGUGUAAUUCUUCACAUUUGUGGGAGUGAUUGCACUUGGCACUAUAAAAACAACAAAAUAUCACAUUUCAAACAAAGCAAAAAGUGGACAGGUAAUGCUCAAUGUUGGUUCUUUCUAGCUACAAUAAUAACAAUAAAUUUAUAAGUAAAAAAGUAUGGAUUUAUAUCCUUAAUAUAACUAAAUGUUGUUUCUAGUGCAGCAGAAAAGUUACUAUAAACUCAUUAUCUGAAGCAAAAAUGUCAUUAAAAAUAAAUAUUCUUGGCAUCAAAAUGCUAAGUUCAGGAGUUUAGAGGGAAUUAUCAGUCACUUUUAUCUCAGGAAUGACAAUAAAUCUGAUCAAAAUCUCUGCGUAAUCGUUCCCUUAGUCAAUUGGCGCCUGUGCGUUUUUACCCGCAGAGCCAACCCUGGAUUUCAAUCAGCUGAUCUGCUUCUCUGCCCAAAUGUGUUCAGGUGUUAGAAGUAGAGAUGAGGGCUCUAUAACAUGACUCCAAAUGGCACUAAAAGUAGAAAGCAAAUGAACUUGAGUUUCUCAACACUGGUUCAAGGUCACAAUAGCCAAGCAAGUGUGCUAACAGAGCACAGGGAGCUGAAAGAGAAUGCUGGAGAUUCACAGUCUGGCAGUGGAGAGCUGGGGCUGCGUCGGGGUUGGUUAGUGAGGAGGGCUGGGACAGAUCAGGUGAUGAUGAUGAAGGUGGGAGUGGCUGAUCUGAGGAGGCACGAGUGUAGAUGAUGGGACCACAAAUCCCGGACUGAAUGGAUGAAUGAAUGAAACAACAGAAAGAAAACCAAAACCGUGACAUCAGAUUUUCUGACAUUUAUUUACAAGAUCAGCAGACUUAUGCUUAACUACAGCCCACAGUGGGCUCUGACUACUUCAAACAAAAAAGCUGACUUAUGUACUUUGAAAGGUUUGUUGUGAAGUUUCCCUUUUUCUGUUAUUUCUUUCAGGUGGAAUUAAGCCAUCCCAGUAAGGAUGGACUAUCCCCUGCAGUAGAUUUAGAGGCAGCUCUGAAGGAUUCCUCCGCUGCCCUCGAUCUGUUCCUAAACAACAGGUUUGGGGAUGCGCUGGCUCUUUUAAAACCCUGGAAGGACCAGAGCAUGUACCAUGCAACGGGCUACAGCAGCAUCUUGGUGAUGCAGGCAGGUAUGACCUUUGAGCCAAAGGACAUGGAUGCUGCCAUGACGUCGCUGGGAGAGUCUCUACAGAUCUGCCAGAGAUUUCGGAAGAAAACUGGAAUAAUGGAGAGCUUGACCAACCUAUGGUACAGACAACCAGUUGAAAAUCUGACAGAAGAAGAGAUGCAUGCAGAACUGUGCUAUGCUGAGGCGUUGCUGCAGAAAGCUGCUCUCACCUUCCUGGAUGAAAGUAUCAUCGGCUUCAUCAAAGGAGGGAUGAGAAUCCGAAACAGUUAUCAGAUUUUCAAGAACUGUCACACGAUGGCAAUUGCCACGAAAGAGGGGGGCAGUCAGAAGAGCACACAUGUUCACUUCAGGGGCGGGGUCAGCAUGGGCAUCGGAUCAUUUAAUCUGAUGCUGUCUCUGCUUCCGGCCAGAGUCCUCAGACUGAUGGAGUUUCUGGGUUUCUCUGGAGACAGGGAAGUGGGUUUGUCAGAGUUGAGGGAGGGAGCAGCCAGCAGCAGCCUACGCUCCAUCCUCAGCACCCUGACUCUGCUGAUGUAUCAUCUCUACAUCACCGUCAUACUGGGUAUUGGUGAUGGAAACCUCACUGAGGCUGAUACUCUGCUGGAACCCUACAAGCAAAAGUUCCCUAAUGGAGCCCUCAUUCUGUUCUACACUGCAAGAAUUGCUGUGCUCAAAGGAAACUUCACCUUUGCCCAGGAGAAGUUCCUGGCCUGUAUUGCCUCUCAGGAAGAGUGGCGUCAGAUUCACCACCUGUGUUACUGGGAGCUGAUGUGGGCCUACUCCUUCAAGCAAAAUUGGAGAGAAGCUUAUCGAUAUGCCAAUCUGUUGUGCAAGGAGAGCAAAUGGUCGCAGGCCAUCUAUGUAUAUCAGAAGGCUGCCAUCUUGAGCAUGCUCCCGGAGGAAGAAGUGACUAAACUGGGAGAAAAUGUGGUAGAAUUAUUCAGGCAGGUGGAUGGUCUCAAACUGAGAAUUGCUGGGAAGUCGAUUCCAACGGAGAAGUUUGCGGCAAAGAAGGCUCAGAGAUACUCUUCCUCUAACCCUGUCAAACUAGUCGUCCCGGCGCUGGAAAUGAUGUACAUGUGGAAUGGCUUCACAGUGGUCGGCAAAAGACCGAGGUUGAUUGAAGGAAUCUUGUCAACUUUGGAGAAAGCUGAGGAGCAGCUCCAACAGGAUCCAAACCCAUCAGAGUAUCACCUGGAUGACCAGUGUGUUGUCCAGCUGCUGAAGGGUUUGUGUCUAAGAGAGCUGGGCCGUCUGGUUCAGGCUGAGAUCUGCUUCAAUCACGUCAUUUCCAGUGAAAGUAACAUAAAGCAUGACAACUAUCUGGUGCCGUUCACCAUGUACGAGCUGGGCCUUUUGUACAAGAAGAACGGUGACAUCAGCAAGGCCAUCACCGUGAUUGAAAAUGCCAAGACAAACUACAAAGACUACAACAUGGAGUCAAGACUACACUUCCGCAUCCAUGCAGCUCUCAACACCAUGGGCUCCUUUGCAGCCAAACUUCCUCCUUCACGUACGCCGGCUUAAAACUUGACCGAAAAGAAGGUAGAACCCGACACAAAGUCUCUUGACAGAAUUACUGAAGUAGCAUCGGCUGGCUACGACAAAUACUCUGUACUGUACAGCUGGUUGGAACCAGGAUGAUGUAAAUGUAAAGUGAGAAUGCUGUGGAUGAAGAGUUAAGCAGGACUUGCAUUAGAUGCAUGAAAGAAGAAGAAAGAAUAUCCUGGAAUUUAUUGUACUCAAUGUGUUUUCCUCCUUGAAAUCUCUGAAUCGUCAAGCUUUAGACCUGACUCACUUGCUGUAAUCAAUGAGCUUUAACUGUAUUUCAGUAUAUUAAAAAUGCUGUUGUUUGUAUAAACUUUGUCUUCUGGUGGAGUUCAGUCAAGCUAACAGUGUUCUGGUGAAUAACUGUUCAUGAUUUUUCCUGUGUGGCAUCAAUCUGUCUCCUUUAAUAAAUAACAUUGUGGAACUCUGUCAACAAACAAUUCA